UGAAGGGCAGUAAAGCGGGGACGGCAACGCUGCGUAACGAGGACGGUAGAAGCUCACUCACUUCACCGACAAACGCUCGGCUUUUGCAGUCUUGCCAUCUCGAACAACAAAAUGCAUAAACAUGCGUCAACCCGCUUUCACAUGAUCAAGAUCGUCUGCGCCUUUUGCUGUAGCGCGCUGUUCACGCUACUGCAACGCCGGCCGGCUCUCAUCCUACGGACCGCUUUGACACCGUCGUCAAACCCUUGGCUAGCUUGUAGUAAGCAACACCCGUGGAGAUGGUCCAUUGACUUUCAUCUCGACUUAUCAGGAAUCGAAGAAGCACAUAGUCUGCCAAUGGCAACUGUCUGAGCGGGCUCAUUGCUUGGAGGCCGAUAGCUCUACCUGUUACGUACAGAAUAACUAGCGGCUCCCGCCAUGGCGGCAACCUUGCGUUCAAAAGCCGUCUC